AUGGAGAAAGAAUGCGCCUCUUUUACAAUGGUGAUUGCCAUCUCAUCAGCCGUGCUUUUAGUUGCAGUCACAGUUAUCAUCAGUAAAAUUGUUCAUCGAUACAGGUGGAAAAUACGCUACUUGUAUUAUGUUGCCAAGGGCAACAAAGGAAACAAAAUAACUUCUUACAAUAAAAGGAGACAGAUUAAAUAUCACUUCGAUGCUUUUGUUUCCUACGCAGAGGAGGACAAUAUGUUUGUUCGUGGACUUGUUAACUACUUGGAAGAAAACUGCAAACUUCGACUGUGUAUUCAUCAAAGGGAUUUUAUUCCUGGGACUGACAUCGCGGACAACAUAACGAAUGCAAUCCAUAACAGUAAAAGAACAGUUUGUGUGCUCACUUCAGAUUAUAUUAAGUCAUACUGGUGUAAUUUCGAACUGAAUAUGGCACGGAUGGAAGCUAUUUACUCCAGAGAAGGAUCCGAAGGAUCCGAUGUUUUAUUCUUUAUCGUUCUGCAGAGGGGGAUCGUAAAGACACUGCCUUUAAAAUGGUUGGACCUGAUUGAAAGCAAGUCGUACAUGGAAAUUUCGCCUGACGAUGAGAAAGAAUUAUCAGCUUUCAGAAUCAAACUAGCACAAACUCUCAAAGCUGAUUUAGCUUAA